CUGCUAUUGCUGCCAUGUUCAGUGUAGUUCACUUGUUACGGGGAUGUUGAGGAAGUGGUGAGUGACAUGAGCAUGAGCCGCAGUUGAUUCAGGACCGUGAGAAAACAGAUUAAUGCCGCUCUGCCAUGGACGCGAUCGGCGUGUCGCACACGGAUCCGCUCGAUGACUAUGAACUGAUACACCGCAUCGGCAGCGGGACAUAUGGAGAUGUGUUUAAGGCCCGUAGCAUUAAGACUUCAGUCAUCACAGCUAUCAAAGUGGUCAAACUGGACUCCGGUGAUGAUAUAUCAAGCAUUCAACAUGAGAUAACCAUGAUGAAGGACUGCACUCACAAAAACAUUGUCACUUAUUUCGGCAGCUACCUCAGAAAUAACAAGUUAUGGAUCUGCAUGGAAUUCUGUGGAGGAGGAUCAUUGCAGGACAUUUACCAUGUCACUGGUCCUCUGAAAGAGAGACAGAUAGCCUAUGUGUGCAGAGAGACACUUCAGGGAUUGCAUCAUCUCCAUCAGGCGGGAAAAAUGCAUAGAGACAUAAAAGGUGCCAACAUUCUUGUGACAGAGCGGGGAGACGUCAAACUAGCGGAUUUUGGAGUGGCAGCGGAGAUCAACGCAUCUGUUGCCAAGAGAAAGUCUUUCAUUGGAACGCCAUACUGGAUGGCACCAGAAGUUGCAGCAGUGGAAAGGAAGGGGGGCUAUAACCAGCUAUGUGAUAUCUGGGCAGUGGGCAUCACAGCCAUCGAACUAGCAGAGCUGCAACCACCUAUGUUUGACCUGCACCCAAUGAGAGCUUUGAUGUUGAUGUCAAAGAGCAGUUUCCAGCCUCCCAAACUGAAGGACAAGAACAAAUGGUCCACAGAGUUCCACAAUUUCAUCAAAAUGGCGCUCACUAAGAACCCUCGCAAGAGGCCAACGGCAGAAAAACUCUUACAGCAUGCUUUUGUAACACAGCUCCUCACCCGUAAUCUGGUUAUAGAGCUGCUGGAUACAGUCAAUAACCCGGAGCUGCAGCAGACACUCACUAUGGAUGAGAGUGACCUGGAGAUGUGCAGUGUUCUACCUGAUAAGAUUCAUUCUCUAGUCAAACACUUGCCUGUACAGAGAACUCUGUCUGAAGAGCAAUUUGAUCAUGUGAAGUUUGGACCACCAAUGCGAAAAGAGACAGAUCCCUGCCCUGAUCUGGGAGCCUGUGAUGACUGGAACUGCAUUGGCGGGGACAAGGACUCUCCGAGUUUGCUAGAGUGUGUGGAAGAGGCUUUGAUGGAGAGGAGUUUGACUAUAAAGAGAGGAUCAUCGACUGAGCAUUCACCAGAUGAAGAGGAUAAAUACAGCACUGUGAAGAGAGUCCCUGCUCCACAAUCAGCAGCCCACUGCACUGCCAGUCAAGGGAGAAAAGCUCCUACUCCCUGUUCUCGCUCCUCGCCUCUCAUGGGCUCCACCCCUCUAAAGGAUUCCGCCCCUGACACUAACCCCGCCUUGCUCAGUGAAUCAGCUCUGCUAAUUGGUUCAACUCUCUCUGACCUGUCCCUCCUCACAAACUCCUCCCUCUUCACUGACUCUUCCUUUCUCUGUCAUUCCACCAGUCUGGGUUCCCUCUGCUCAACACCAACUGAUGGUUUGAUACCAGAGGGCUCUGUUGCUCCAGACCCAGGAGGAAACAGGAAUAAUUUCCCUCCACUUGAGCAACCACUCUCACCAGAAUGGAGCACACUCAGGAGAAAAACCGAAGACACAAAAGCUGUUGUUCAUGGACUGCCACCGACACCUCAAGUGCAUAUGGGGGCCUGCUUCUCCAAAGUAUUCAAUGGUUGUCCGUUAAAGACUCACUGUGCCGUUACAUGGGUUCUACCAAAGACCAGAGAUCAAUACCUUAUGCUGGGUGCUGAGGAGGGCAUCUACACCCUCAACCUUAAUGAGCUCCAUGAAGACACAAUGGAGAAGUUGCUUCCUCAGAGAUGCACUUGGUUGUACGUGAUGAACAAUGUGCUUAUGUCCAUCUCCGGAAAGUCAUCACAGCUGACUUCUCAUAGUCUGCCGGCACUUUUUGAGUAUCGCAAAAAUAUGCAGCGAAGACAGGGCCAUCUCGCAAUAAAUGCACACCGCUUGAGCACAAGGAUAAACUCAAGGAAGUAUGCCAUGUCGGUGAAGAUCCCAGACACCAAGGGCUGUAGAAGAUGUAGUGUAGUACGAAAUCCUUACACCGACAGCGUGUUCCUGUGUGCUGUUGUGCCCACUGGUUUGGUUCUUCUCAUGUGGUAUGAGCCUCUGCAGAAGUUCAUGCAGCUCAAGCACAUUGCUCUGAGUCUGCCCGAGUCUCUGCCCAUCUUUGAGCUGCUUGUACAGGAAACAGAGGAGCUGCCUCAGGUCUGUGUGGGGGUGAGAAACCCUCCUGGCAACAGAGACCCCACUGGACAGAUGCAUUUUGACAUCAUCCACCUGGAUGACACUCCACAAUGUCUGCCAGGUGUUGUACAUACGUGUAUACACCCACAAACACAAAAAUAUGGCGAGUCUCUGAAGGUCAAGCAGGUGACUCAACUGGACAGAGACACAGUUCUUAUCGCACUGGAAAACACAGUGAAGGUUGUGAAUCUACAGGGUUGUCCAAGCCAACAGAAGACCCCUGAACUUACUUUUGAUUUUUCCAUUCAGACGCUUGUGUGUCUACAAGACAGUGUUCUUACCUUCUGGAAACAUGGUCUGAAAGGAAGGAGCCUACAAACUAAUGAGGUUACCCAGGAGAUCACAGAUAGAAGUAGAGUUUUUCAGGUUUUGGGAACAGCAAGGGAUAUUAUCUUGCAAAGUACUCCUACGGAUGACCCAUCUGCCAUGAGCAACCUGUACAUCCUCACAGGGCAUGAAAGCAGCUACUGAUGUGACUGAUAAGAUAUAGAAUGUUCGGUGAUAGCUGGAGACACUACAAAGAAUGAUAUUCCUCCCUUCACCACUAAAAGGGAGAGUUAGUUGGGCCCAAUAAGCUCAGAGGACAACAUGAUGGAGUCACAUACUCUACACGCAGUGCUCUAGAGAACUCCUAUUGUCCUGGCUGUUCAGGAGGGAGAAAAGGGCCAAAAGCUUGUUUUGGAGGCCAGAGAUGCUGAGACUGAGGAUCAGUCGUGCUUCAUGAGAGAAAGGGACCAAAUAUAGACCUUAAUGAGAGUGUGAUAUGGGAUAGUUCAGCCAAAAAGGAAAAUUAUUCUUAUUUUGUGUUUCAUGAGAGAGAGAAAGUCAUAUGGAACAACAUGAGGGUGAGUAAAUGAUAGAAUUUUCACUUUUGGAUGAACUAUCCCAUUAUUCUGGUUCGAAGUUGUGAAGCAAACUGUUGAUGGUCAUUGACUGAAGGAGUAGGAUGUUUUACUUGGUGUUUGACCCUUAAGUUAACAAUUAUUGUGUUUUGGUGCUGUGUUUAGGAAUUAUCUUUCAUUGACCAGUAAAUGAGAGUUGAUAGAGUUCAGUGAAACUAAUAAGACCAGUGAAGAACUUUAGGGAAAAACAAAAAUUGAGUACUGUAAAACCCACAAAAGCCCCAAAUAUUGUACAAGGAAUUAAAUAAGUGUUAAUGAAAAGGAUUAA